AUGGAUCGCCUACCCGAUGAGGUGCUCCAGCUCAUCCUGAAUGAGCAAUCGAAGCCCUCCUCUUUUGUCAAAGUGAACAGAAGUCUCCGCGCGUUCGCGUCGGACGCGUAUGUCCGAGCAAGGUACUUCCUCGCUCGACAUGGGAAGUCGCAGGCGAUGUUUUAUGCGCUUGGGAGAGGCGACAUCGUGACUGAACGUGUUAUUAAGGUCCUUCUCUCCUGUGGCGCGCACGUCUCGCGUCACCUCAUCCAGCUCGCAGUCCAACACUACCAUCACGGCUACGUCUCGUUCAUCAAUCGCCCUUGGGUUCGCAGUCUACCCUUCGUCGUCUUUGCGCGCUUUCUCGUGCUCGCCUGCGCGCGAUUCGAGGGCGACUUCAAGCUGCCGAGCAAGAAUGACCCGGAUGACGGGACGAAGUUUCGGCGGUGGAUCAAUGAGAGGGAGAGGGAGAUUGGGAGCGACGCGGAGAAAGAGGCGAGGGCUGUUGUUGAGGAGUUGAUCCGCACUUGGAAGUUUCAACCCGUUUGUGACGAGGACCCUGCAAUUGCACACUUCGCGCUCUCGCUUGCGGUUGAGCCUAAACUCCUGGUGCUCGCAGUAGCGAACGGCUAUUGCGUUGAUCCCGUGUACCGCGACUACAUCUUCCGUCGUAUGCUCACGCUACCCAGCAAGGAAGGCCUACUGCAUACCUCGGUUGCAGAACGCAAGAACAAGUUGCUCUCCACCCUUAGAGACGUAUGCAAAUCGCAAGAAUCUCCCAUCUUCCUUUCGCGCACGGUCGCAGCGGAGAUCUGUCUAGAGGCCAAGAUCGACAAGGUUGCUUACGACGUAUUGAAGUCCAUGGACCAAGAAGGUCUAUUGCGCUUCGAUCUGAUAACCCUCGUCCAAGACUUGAUCAAAAGUUUGGUCCCUACGCGGUCUAUCGUCGAUCCGAACACCGUCGCGGCUAUUCAUUAUCUGUUCAACGAUCUCCCAGCGCAUGCGGCUAAUGACGCCGGUGUGCGACACGCCGUGCUGCUCACUGUAUUCGCGACGUCUCUCACGGCGCACAUCGCCAACGCGCGCUUGCUUGAGCUCGGUCUUAGACCCGAUCCAGCAGACGCUGUACCCGGAGUACGACAAGUCUACAGGAUCUACCACCAUACCUCGGAGACGCUCUCGCCGAUCUCGCGCGACGAGCUCGUACCAGUCCUGCUCAGCCCUUACGUCCACACCCACCACGCUAUCGCCACUUAUGCGCGCUUCUACGCGUUCUAUCCGAACGAGUUGGUCGAUGAUAUGCUGAAGGAGGUGGCGCUUGCUUGCUUGAAGCUACAAUGCAAAGGACAGAUGCUCGAGUCGCUCACCAGGAGGUAUACAGGCCUGGUGGACAUCCUCGGUCAAGCGAUCAAAGAGCAGGCUUUCGACCUUGACGCGCUUCCUGCGCGCGAUGCGUUGGACGAGACGAAGAAGCGGUUUCGCGUGGCACUGGCGUGUGAGGACGGCGCGUCAGUGAGCAUUGCUAAGUCCAUGAUCGACUCUUACCUGGAUGAUCUCACGCAUGAGACGCCGCCUCCACUGUUGACUGCUCGAUGGGUCGUGGACACGUACAGCUCUAUGAGCGUCCAAGCGGCCAUCUUUGCGGAUCAUGUCGUCGCAAACUCAGCCGAGCGGAAGCCGGAUUAUUGGGAUCGUACUUUGAGUUGGGCGAAGAAGGAUGUGGGUACGCUCGAGGACGUUCCGAUGACGAUGAAGCAUUGGGAGAUCCUGGCGAGACUUGGGAGGAUACCCAGCGUGAGGAUGGUUGAGCGCGUUACGGCGGGAGAGACGUUUUACCAGUGCGCGGAGGAUUACCUUACGCAGCGGGAACCCUCUGUUGAGCUCGAAGCUCCUGUCGAACCUGAGAUGGAUCUCGCAGCAAUCACAGCCGUCGAAGUCUCCGCUCCGUCUGCUCGACCUUGUGAAGCCGUUGCUGAGAAACCCAACUCUUGCGCGGAGGUCGAGAGCGACGACGACAAUGGGAGUAGCUCAGGUGUAGACGGCGGCUCCGAGCCUACUACUACCGCUAGCUCUUCCGUAGCGGGUGCACGCGCAAACGUCAAGCCUGGUGCUGAUCAGGUCAAGGCAGAGCCAGGAAAGCUCGCCGCUAUGGAUGUCGAAGGCGCACAACUCUCGAGCGCGGAAAGCGAGGACGGCUUUGAGUGCAAUUGCCACUCGCACUGCCAUCCACGGUGCCAAUGCGAUUGCCACAGCGACCUCGACGCGGACGACGCAUAUGCCACCGGAGACGAUGCUGACCCGCUCGAGUGCUGCGUACUGGGUCUUGACUGUCCCGAGCGGCGCGCGUUCUUUGCUACGCCAGCGGAGAGGAAAGUAGCGUUCGACAAGGCGGGGCAGAUGCGCGUCGUGGCCGAGAACGCCGAGCGUAUUGCGAUGGAGGAUAGACAAAAGAGAGAGGAACGAGACCAGCACGAGGGAGAGAUGAAAUACCUCAAGAAGCGUAUAGAGGAGGCUCAGCGGGAGCUAUCGCAUGUUGGGGCGGGGCUGGAGUAUUGGGAAUUGCAGUUGGACCGGGGUAUUUCAACGGCAGGCCUCUCCGAUACGAUUCCGACAGAGACGAUUGCACAGCUGCAAGAGUACCCGCUUUCGAAGAUCAAUGAGUACGGGGUGGAUGUGGAGAGCUACAGGGAGGACCUUUCGUGCUUAGAGGAGGAGCUGGAAUACUUGGAUAAGGGCGCGGCGGAGAGGGAGAGGCAGUCGUCCCUGUGGGUAUCAGCCAUGGGCGAAUUGCACAGGACGGAGACGAAACGACUCGCGGAGACCAGGAAGCGACUUGGAUUGCAGUGUACCGCCAAGUCGCCGUUUCUAUCAACGCUCGACUACAAGGUCGGGUAUUGGCGAGAAGCUCUGGAUCGGCAUAGGGAGAAGGGCCAGCGCCAGCGCGAACCAUAG